GAGAGGUUUCUUUUGUUGAUGUGUGGAGAGGUGGUUGCAGUCAGUGAUGAUUUUACAACACGCUGUCUCCUGCUGUUUAAAGUAUUGAGGUUAAAACUGAUUUCAGGCAGAAAAAAAACCUAAAGAGAAGUACAUUCAGGCAUGAAUGUGUCUGCUUCAUCAAGUCAUAAGCAAAGCUGCAGGAGUUGAUACUUGACUCAAACAGUCCAGCCUCGCCCACCUGAGGAAUCUGCAGCUUGAAAUACAGGUAUGAUCAGGAAGCACAGAAGAGGGACUCGAUUUAUUAUUUAAACGUUACAUUUAGGAAUCCCUUUUGAAUUGAAGGAGAAAGGAUUAUAUUAUCAAAACAAACAUUCUGAAAUUGCAGAAAAGGAAGAUCAUACUCAAAUAAAUGUGCCAUACAGCAUUACAGUAUGUUCUAAUCUACAGGCUUUCACGGAACUCGUUGUGAAAGUGAAAGAAGUUUCAGGUUGUGGAUUUUGACAAGAGCCGUUACAGAGAGCAAGGCAGGGUGUGACUCUACAGAAAUGACAGCAAACACUUCUCGUCUGGAAGCAGAGCUUUCCUGCGCUGUGUGCUGUGAGAUUUUCAAGGAUCCUGUAACUCUUCAUUGUAACCACAGCUUCUGUAAAGCAUGUCUGGAUCAGUGCUGGAAAGAGAAGAGAGCUCGGGAGUGUCCGGUGUGCAGGACGAGGGCUUCAAUGGGGCAGCUUCCACCUAAUUUUGCACUCAGGAAUAUUGUGGAGUCCUACUUAAAAGAACACAGUCACAAACCUACAGCACCUCCUGCAAUACUCUGCAGUCUGCAUGAGGAGAAACUGAAGGUAUUCUGUUUGGAUGAUAAAGAGGCGAUCUGUCUUGUUUGUCAAAUAUCAAAGAAACAUGAAAAUCAUAAGUGCCGCCCAGUCGAGGAGGCAGCACAGGAUUAUAAGGGAGAACUCAAGACUGCGCAGAAGCCCUUGCAGGACAAGCUGGAAUCAUUUAAUAAAGUUAAAGAAGAAUGUGAUAAAACAGCAGAGCACAUCAAGAAACAAGCCCAGCAAACAGAGAGGCAGAUAAAGGAGGAGUUUGAGACACUUCACCAGUUUCUACGAGAUGAAGAAAAGGCCAGGAUAGCUGCACUGAGGGGGGAAGAGGAGCAAAAGGGAAGAAUCAUAAAAGAGAAGAUUAAAAAACUUACAAGAGAAAUCUCAUCCCUUUCAGACACAAUCCGAGGGAUAGAACAGGAGCUGGAAGCUGAAGACAUCUUCUUCCUGCAGAAGUACAAAGACACAAAGAGAAGAGCCGAGUGCACACUGCAGGAUCCACAGUGUGUUUCAGGAGCGCUGAUAGAUGUAGCCGAGCACCUGGGCUCUCUGAAGUACAAAGUGUGGGAGAAGAUGCUGGGGAUUGUUCAAUACACUCCAGUGACUCUGGAUCCCAACACAGCACACCCUGCUCUGAUACUGUCUGAGGAUCUAACAAGUGUGAGACUCAGCAAUGAGAGACAGCAGCUUCCUCACAACCCACAGCACUUUGAUCGCUGUGUCAGUGUGCUGGGCUCUGAGGGGUUCACCUCAGGGAAACACUGCUGGGACGUGGAAGUAGGGAACAAACCUGACUGGGAUCUGGGUGUGACAAAAGAGUCCAGCCAGAGGAAAGGGAGCAUCACUCCGAACCCAGGAGCAGGAUACUGGACUAUAGCCCUGAGGGGUGGGGAUCAGUACAAGGCAGGGACCUCACCAGAGACACGACUCACUCUGGAGAAGAAACCCCAGAAGAUCAGAGUUCAGCUGGACUGUGACGGAGGGGAGGUGACAUUCUUUGACCCCAGUGAUAUGAGACCCAUCUACACUUUUAAACACAGACUUACUGAGAGAAUGUUUCCAUAUUUCUGGUCUGGCUUCCCAAACUCUGCCCCCCUCAGAAUCUGCCCCGUGAAGGCAGUUAUAAAACUGGACUAGCCCGAUGUGUUCAGGAUGAACAAUAGGGCUGUAUAAUAAUAAUAAUAAUAAUAAUAAAUAAUAAUAAUAAUAAUAAUAAGACUGACCCUGCUGGCUGCUGCACACUGAUAGGGCUGUAUAAUAUUAUUAUUAUUAUUAUUAUUAUUAUUAUUAUUAUUAAGACUGACCCUGCUGGCUGCUGCACACUGAUAGGGCUGUAUAAUAAUAAUAAUAAUAAUAAUAAUAAUAAUAAUAAGCCUGUGACCCUGCUGGCUGCUGCACACUGAUAUGGCUGUAUUAUAAUAAUAAUAAUAAUAAUAAUAAUAAUAAUAAUAAUAAGCCUGUGACCCUGCUGGCUGCUGCACACUGAUAGGGCUGUAUAAUAAUAAUAAUAAUAAUAAUAAUAAGCCUGUGACCCUGCUGGCCGCUGCACACUGAUAGGGGUGUAUAAUAAUAAUAAUAAUAAUAAUAAUAAUAAUAAGCCUGUGACCCUGCUGGCCGCUGCACACUGAUAGGGGUGUAUAAUAAUAAUAAUAAUAAUAAUAAUAAUAAGCCUGUGACCCUGCUGGCCGCUGCACACUGAUAGGGGUGUGAGGGGUGGCAGUGACAGGUGAAGAGUUUCACUGAAGCUCAUUUCCUCCUGGGUUAAAGGGUUCACCAGUAAACCAGUAAGAACAGGAUCAGGUUGUGUGGUUUCCUGAAGGUGCUGGGGGGGGUCACUGGUAUAAUAUCAUGUCACUCUGACUGCAGCCAAUAGAAACACAGGAAAUACAUCAUUCUUGCUGACUGCUCAACACCACCCGUGUGGAGGAGCUCAGAUUAAAAGGACGCUGGCUGCAGUCAACUCUUCAUAAUUAAUGUCAAUUUUCUGAAUCUAAUAAAAUUAUGAUACCACAAUGUUUAUGAUAUUGUAUCUGUUUAUGAUAGAUGUAUCUAAGAUUGGUAAUAACCAUGGGUUUAAAACAUGAUCUAGCCUUUAAUUUUUAUUUUGUAUUUCCAGUGUUUAAUUCCCCUUUGAAUGGGGUGAAGCCCAUUUCUCAUAUAUAUAUAUUAUUUUAUUGUGUAAAAGAAGUCAUCUUGUGAAGUUGGGUUCUCUAUCAUUUAUAAAGGAGAGGUUUAGUAAAGUCUAUAAAAAUGAUUUCCCCUCAGAAAUCAAAUGAAUAAUGAAAUGUAUUGCUUAAUUGCUUUUUAAUGGUAUUAUUAUUUUUGAAAUGUUCAUGUUAAUCUAUGUAGUUCUAUGUGUGUGAUUGUUUCUGUAUUGCUGCUUUCUUGGCCAGGGCUCUCUUGAAAAAGAGAUUUUGAAUCUCAAUGUCACUUCCUAGUUAAAUAAAGGUUUAAAAAAAUGAUUCAAUAAACUU